AUGGUGACGAACAGCGAAGCAACGAAAGCUAUGGAAGUAAAUGGCAGAUUUAGCGACGAAUUAACGAGUACCGAUCGAAGUACAUGGGACGACAUACUGCAGAAUAGCCGUCUUCCCGAUUACGAAUCAUCAAGUUAUGUGCAAGAAGAAGGAGAUUACACAUCGGAUGACGAUACAGAGCAGGAGUCCUCGGUCCAACUUGCAGAUAGUCUGAGCGCAAAAUAUGAUCAUGACUUCGAAAAUGACAAAGAUUCUAACUGUGGCGAAGAUGAUGUUGCACACUCAGACAUCGACCACGCAGGGAGUAUAGAGUACACUGAAGACGAUGUCCCGAAUGCUAUCAGGGCGCAUAAUUGUGACGAUUACGAUGGAGUUGCUAUUACAAGGGCUGAUAAUGACGAAUUUGAUGGCGAUGAAAGCGAUUCGGAUGACAUAUCGGAAUGUCGCUUUCUUGAGUACGUCAUUGGAGAUAGUGAAACUGAUCGCGAUUAUGAUCCGGAGAUUACCAAGUCAGUGGGUCACGUUGCGGAUCUGGUUACCAUCGAUGACGCUGGAUAUGAAUCCGGCACAAAUGAAAACGAGCGGGACUACCUCUUUAAACCAAGUGGUGAACGUGAGGCUUACGACUGUUGGCAAUUUCAUCUAAUUUACUUCUUUGUCAUAUACAUCCUAGAGAUGAAGAACUUCGACGGACGCGCGACAAGAAGCGUACCAAAGUACAAUCAAAUCGAUUGA